GAAAACACAGAGGACCGAAAACAGAAAAAAAUUAAAAGAAUGAUCCGGAGAUCACUGCUUGGCUCAGCCACCACCAACACUCGAUCGAUCAGCAACAGCCAAACCCAACAACACCUGCUUAAUCAGCCAGCCCAGCACCCCCGCCUUCGAUUAUUGCAACUGUCGAGGAGGAGGACGUCGACUGGGAAGAGGAUGUCGUCGAUCACUGUCUCCGAGAAAGUCCAGCCUGAGCUCGAUAAGGGCUUGGAUUGUUGGAGCGUCUUUUCCCCUGCUUCUGGGCAUAUGCCUCCUGAUUCUUUGAAUCUUGGACAAGGGUUUAUGAAUUGGGCCCCUCCCGAAUUCAUGAAAGAGGCGGCCAAGAACUCGAUCGAUGAGAUCGCGGCGAACCAUUACAGCAUUCCCAAGGGAAGAGUCAACUUACGCAAAGCGAUCUCGAAGCAUUACUCCGAGAGCUUCAACUUGAACCGGGCGUUGGAUUUCGAAUCGGAGAUCGUGAUCAGCUCGGGCGCCAACUUCGGCAUCUAUGCGUCCUUGUUGGCCUUUUGUUCCAAAGACGACGAAGUGAUUUUAAUCGAGCCGUUUUUUGACCAAUAUAUCCGGAACGUGACGUUCUGUGGCGGCAAGCCGGUGUAUGUUCCGCUGCGACCGCCGAAGAAUGCGGGGACCCAGAACGUGAGCAGCAAGGAAUGGACGUUGGAUAUCGACGAACUCAAGGCCGCCUUGACUCCGAAAUCAAAAGUCAUAAUUAUUAAUACCCCGCAUAAUCCGGUCGGGAAGGUGUUCACGAAGGACGAGUUGAACGCCAUUGGAAAGAUCGCUGAGGAGCAUAACUUAUUCAUCAUAGCUGAUGAAGUAUACGACUGCCUGACGUUCAACGAGCCGCACGUUCGAAUUGCGUCACUAUCGGAGAGAUUAUGGAAGCGGACGGUGACGGUGGGUUCGGCGGGAAAGUCAUUUGCGGCGACGGGAUGGCGGAUCGGAUGGUGCAUCGGGCCCGCGGAGAUCCUUCGGCCGAUCACCGCCGCCAUGACCCGGAUCACCUUCUGCUCCGUCAGUCCGCUCCAGGAGGCCCUCGCCACUGGCUUCGAAAUCGCCGGUAAAGAAAACUUCUUCGAGACUCAAAGGGCUCAGUAUCUCGAGAGAAGAGACCUCUUGCUCCGGUUCCUCGAUCAGCUUGGGUUGCCUUAUACCGUACCAGAUGGUUCUUAUUUCGUAUUAGUUGAAACGACUAAAAUCAAGAUUCCAGAAGAGUUUGAGAUUCUGGAGUUGAUUAAAUCCCGGUCAAGGGACUGGCACAUGUGUUGGUUCAUUGCCAAAGUAGCUGGAGUAGUCUGCAUUCCUCCCUCGGAUUUCUACUCUUCUGAUCAUGUCUCGAUCGGCCAGAAUUUUAUCAGAAUCGCUUUCUGUAAAGAUCUUGACACUUUGAAAGAAGCUGGUCAACGGUUGCAGAAGUUGAAACCUUACAUAUCAUGAUCAACUCAAUCCUGAAGUGUACUGUUUUAUGAUCAUCAUCAUCAUCUUGAUCAUGAACGUCUCUUUCCUAGCUAAUGUUGGCUGUCAUUUUAGAUAAAGGAUUUAACCUGCCCCAUUUGAUUCUUUUUUUUUCUUCCUCAUGUUGGCUGUACAUCAUUUCUUUUCUCUGCUUGCUUGAAAAAAAAAAAAAACAUGCUAUUACCAAACAGAAGUUUUCUGACCAA